CCCCUUUCAGCGCUUCAGUGAUACUGCGUGUCAGCGGUGGACAACGGUGCAAAAAUAAGCUCUAGCCGUAAACGGAAAGCGACGGUGACGGCAGCCCAUGUAACUUUAAAAGCGAAAGCGGAGGGAGGUGAAUUUAGUAGCCGGAAUCCCGCACUCUUCGUCGGGCUGCGUCGGAGCGUCCCACCAGAGGAACUUAACGUUACGCUGAGAUUUGUCGAGCACGUUGUUGCGGUCUCCGUGUAAAAAGCAGCAGAAGAAGAAGCAGCAGCAGCAUCAUUCCUUUGGACUUCGAGGUAAAGUCUGUCGUUUCCUGAACUUGACCGGCGCGCGUUUGUUGUGCGAAGGACUCUUCUUGCGACACGUGAGGAAAGUUCUCGCUUUCUUCGCACGAAAGCUUAAACUUUGCUGCCUCCGGUUAGACGGGACUCGGGAGGCGAAGAAGGAUAUUUGAAAUCUCUGUUGACUCGCAGGACGGUUUGUCUGAAACCGCGUGUCGCCUUUAACGCGCUGAAGCGAGGACGAGUCAGGUUGGUGGUUUUGAAUUCACGAGUCUCGAGUUUCUGCCGCCCUGGCCAGUGAUAUUAACGCGUGAAUUUGACCUGGGAUAAGUUGUCAACAAGAGGCAAACUGGCAGGUGUAUAAGUACAUUUACAUGCAUGGGCAUACGUAUAUCUCGCUGCACUAUAAAUAGAAGCUCGUGCUUAGGUAUUAAACCCUGGGCACUCGUCUUCAGUCGUUUUCAUCGUAAUCCCAGCGAAACCCACGCGUGUCGCUUUGGCUGUUAGGGUAGGUGUCGUCGCAUGGACUGACAUGGCCACCGAUCUCGCCAUGAGCGCAGAUUUGCCCAACAGCCCCCUGGCUAUUGAAUAUGUCAACGACUUCGACCUCAUGAAGUUUGAAGUCAAGAAAGAGCCUCCGGAGGCCGACCGCUAUUGCCACCGCCUGCCCCCGGGCUCGCUAUCCUCCACUCCAAUCAGCACACCCUGCUCCUCGGUGCCUUCCUCGCCCAGUUUCUGUGCCCCCAGUCCCGGAUCGCAGCCCGGGCAGAACCUCGGAAAUGGCGUCAGCAACAACAACAGCGGCAACAACAACAACAACAACAACCAAGGCUCCUCGGGCAAGCCGCAGCUGGAAGAUCUCUACUGGAUUCCCAACUACCAGCAUCACAUCAGCCCGGAGGCCCUCAACCUGACGCCCGAGGACGCGGUGGAAGCGCUAAUCGGCAACGCGCACCACCACCACCACCACCACCAGCCCUACGAGGGAUACCGCGGUCAGCAGUACGUCGGAGAAGACCUCUCGACGGCCACGAACGGCCACCACCACCCGGUGCACCACCACCACCAUCACCACCACGGCCACCACGCGCACGCGCGCCUCGAGGACCGCUUCUCGGACGAGCAGCUGGUGAGCAUGACGGUGCGCGAGCUCAACCGGCAGCUAAGAGGCUUCAGCAAAGAAGAGGUGAUCCGUCUCAAGCAGAAACGGCGAACCCUGAAGAACCGCGGCUACGCUCAGUCGUGCCGCUACAAGCGCGUGCAGCAGCGCCACAUGCUCGAGAGCGAAAAGUGCACGCUUCAGAGCCAGGUGGAGCAACUCAAGCAAGACGUGGCGCGUCUGAUCAAAGAGCGGGACCUGUACAAGGAGAAGUACGAGAAGCUCGCGAGCCGAACCUUUAACGGCGGCGGCAACGGAGGCGGCAACACUCGGGACCCGUCCAACGGCACUCACGGCAAAACCACUUCCACGGAAUUCUUCAUAUACUGCACGGACCCUUCUACUUCAUAACACCUCCGCUCUAAACAUGGGAUCACGCAUAGCCUCCAAAGACCCAUCAGUUUUGGAUUCUGUAAAUUAGUGGGGUUUUUUUCUUUCUCUCUUUAGUUACACGCUAACUGCAAUGUCCGACGUGUUUAAAGACACACAGCCGCUUUCUUAAUUUAUUUCAUUUUUAUCAUUUGAUUCUUUUUUUUUGUCUUAACGGAUCGACGAGUCUUAAUGGCGAUGAGAACACGCGGGAAACGGAACUUCAGCCUGUGAAGGGACUUUGCAAGGAACGACGCUAAUAUUAAAACGCUUACAAGCGAGAACGGGAGACAGCAAUACACCCUUGACUUUUCUCGGUCGUGAACUGAUGUUGAGGGGACUUGUGAACUUUUGAGGGCCCUCGAGCAUUGCUCAAGUCUGCAUUACCCCACCAAUCCUGCAUGCGGGACAUGUAUGGUACUCCAAACGCGCCAGGUCUCUCUCUCUCUCUCUCUCUCUCUCUCUCUCUCUCUAUCUCUCUCUCUCUUCCUCAUACAGCACUUGGAUGAAAAGCAUGGCCCUUAACCACUCUUUCUCCUCCCUUUUUUUCAUUUCUUCUGCUCGACACAGACCGUGUAUGCGAAGGAACUCGCGCGUACCCGCGAAAUCACACGAAAGCCGUUCUCGCAUUUCUUUCCUAUCGUUUAAAAGUACAGAAUAAGAAAAAAAACACCACAGAACUGAGCCAGAGUUAUUUAUUCCCACUUGUACAUAUGUAGAGGUCAAAUGGUGUGUUAAUUUAACGUUCUUUUUUUUAAAAAAAAGUCCUUUUUGCUUGAUUAUUUAAAACGUCUUAAUACGAUGUUUGUAUGUAGUAGCAUGCAAAUGACAAAGAUACUCUCAUCCUAUCGAAUAUGUACGAUUUCAAAGGAAGCCUACUGCACUACGAUUCGAAGAAUUGGGAUUUCUAUAACAUUUCUUUUCCUCUGUGUUAAUCGAAUUGCUGUUACGGUGGACAUAGCUAGUCGAUCUAAAGUGCAUAUAAACACAAGGACUUUUAAUUGCUGCUAAUAUUCUAUGCACCAAAUUCGAAAGCAAUUAACAGAAGCUCUGAUCAUGUGAAUUUUGUACUUCAAAAUAAAUAAAGGUAUGUAAUAUACCGGUUAGAUACGGAUAUCAAAAAUAACUAAGAUCGUCUCUUCGAGAUUUUUUUAAAUAUAUAUAUAUAUAUAUAUAUAUAUAUAUAUAUAUAUAUAUAUAUAUAUAUAUAUAUAUAUAUAUAUAUUUGUCUUAAUAACCGGGAUGAUGAACGACAUAAAACUUCAGAUAUAUGACAACCGUCGUUCGUAGGGCAAGAAUGGUUGUUUUAACUUUUUAUGACAUAAUAAAACUGUAGCAUACUCUGUAUAAAGCAGUUGCCUAUUGUUUUGCAUUACAACAUUGGGACGAUAAUAGGCUUCCGACCAUACCGAAAUACACUACAGGUAGAUGUCCCGAGAUUAAACGACAGCACCGGGGGGGUUUGUGUGCAAACUUUCUAAUCAUGCGCAUUUGAGCUUGAAAUAUAGUCCAUCUUGUUCAGGCUAAAUGAAGAAGUUGCCAAAGUGGAUUAUCUAAUGCACGUAAAUUGUCUUAAAUCAGUUUUUUUUUUUAAUUCUCUCCGACCUGUGUAUGCUUAGUUUCCUAACAGAUCUAUCGGCCAGACUCCUAAAAAUAAGGUCUCCCAAGUAUCUGCUUGAUGUCUCUCACCCGAAAACCACUGUUGACAUUGAUUAAUUUAUUUCGUUGAAAUGAUGAAUUAUGAUACAGUUCGUUAUGAAGCAAUCUCUCUGUCUGUCGGUCUAAUUUGAGGCACAGCGGCUCGGGGUUACAUAACCACACGUGCUGUCACGCGUGCUGUCUUAUGUAAAAAAAGAAAUAAAUAAAAUGGAAAAAAGGAAAAAAAAAACUGUACAUAGCCUAUAAUUUCUAUAUAUUUAUCGAAAUUAUAAAUGUCCUUACGUGUCCGUAAGUCCAAACCAAAAUGUUUCGAAAUGGAAUGUUGUUCAGAAUCUUGUUUUCAUAAUGUUUAAUAAAAACUCCUGUCAAAUG